GGUUGGUGCACCCCUUAGCCCUGCCGAGAUCAGUGAGUCCUCUGCCGGAUCAGCAGGAUCAGAGAUCUGUGCAGGCAGGAGGCAUGAGGGCCUGGUGACCCCUUGGAUAUGCAAGCUGGUAUCACACAACUCAAGCAUCCAGUUCAAUUCUGGUGUUGUCUGCAUGGAGUUUGUAGACUCUGCUUAUGACUACGUGGAUUUCUCCCAGGUGCUUGGUUUUCUUCCACGUUCCAGUGGUCUCUGUUAUCAUACGGAAAUAUUUUCUUUCAGAGCCUCGUGACCUGCAGUGCAGAAGACUCAAAGAAACCAAUUUAAAAGUGCGUUUCUGUACCAAUGAAACACAAGCUACCCGGGAAAAGUUUGUGAAUAAGUUGCAGAACCUGGGGUUUGAUAUCACUGUGGAUGAAGUCUUUGCUCCUGCCCCUGCUGUUUGUCGUGUGUUGAAGGAACGAGGACUUAGACCUCAUCUUCUUGUACACAAUGAUCUUCGACCAGAGUUUAAUCAGAUUGACCAGUCCAACCCCACAUGUGUUGUGAUUGGAGAUGCUGCAGAGUAUUUUACAUAUCAAAACGUGAAUGAAGCUUUUCAAAUUCUGAUGGGGCUGGAGAAACCCAUCCUGAUUUCUCUUGGCAAAGGGCGAUAUUAUAAGGAAACAGAUGGUUUGAAACUUGAUGUUGGAGCUUACAUGAAGGCCUUGGAGUAUGCCUGUGAUAUCGAAGCUGAAGUUGUUGGCAAACCAGCAAAAAUGUUCUUCUUGUCUGCUUUAUCAGAUAUGGGAUUGGAACCAGAUCAGGUCAUCAUGAUAGGAGAUGAUAUUCUGUAUGAUGUAGGUGGAGCCCAGAAGUGUGGUAUGAAGGCUGUCCAAGUAAGGACAGGCAAGUACAGGCCAUGUGAUGAACAGCACCCAACAGUGAAGGCAGAUGGGUACGUAGACAACUUAGCACAAGCAGUCACAAUCCUUCUCAAACACCUACAUCAGUAAUUUGAAUCUGGUUUCAAAGAAUCAUCUGGCAAAGAACUGGGAAGUCAUUAGAAAUGGACAAAUUCAUCUACUGUCUGGUGCUGAAAUGAACAUUAACCAUUGAGGUUUCAUGACCUUACGGAAUUAGCUCUACUCUGUAGCAUUUACUGUGAAUACCAUAUUAACCUAUGAAAUAACAUACAUGUUUGUUAAUAAGCAGUAAGUACUUGAAUUAAAAUAGUGUACAAAUUGGUUUAGUGUUUACACAGAACAUAAUGAUGUACAGUGUACUGUCAAAUAGAUGGCUAAAAUCAAGACAUCUGUAAAUUUUACUGCAAUACUCAAUAAAUAUAAUUUGAAUCUGAGUUUCAGGUUUAUC